GCAGUGUGCAGGAGAGCCAAAUCCACACUGCAGGAAACCAGGAAAUGAACAGGACCUUUCCACCCAGCAUGUGAGAUGCCUUAAUGAGCCAUCAGAGUUCAUCCAAGACAAGGGAAACCAUACUGAUGAAAAGCCCCACCAAUGCUCUCAGUGUGGGAAGUGUUCCUUCACGAAUGUGAUUUAACCAAACAUCAGAGAGUUCAUACAGGUGAAAAACCUUACAAAUGUGAUCAGUGUGGGAAGUGUUUUUCAUCUAAAUAUAAUUUAAGCCUCCAUCAGAGAAUUCAUACUGGUGAAAUGCCCCACCAAUGCGCUCAGUGUGGAAAGCGUUUUCCUCAAAAAUGUAAUUUAAACAAACAUCUGAGAAUUCAUAAAGGUGAAAAACCUUACAAAUGUGAUCAGUGUGGGAAGUGUUUUUCAGAUAAAUCUUAUUUAAGCCAACAUCAGAGAGUUCAUACUGGUGAAAAGCCCUAUAAAUGUAUACUGUGUGGGAAGUGCUUUUCUGCAAAAUGUCGUUUAAGUCGACAUCAGGCAGGUCAUACCGGUGAAAAGCCCUUCACAUGUACGCAGUGUGGGAAGUGUUUUUUCACGAAAGAUGAUGUAAGCAAACAUGAGAUUAUUCAUACUGGUGAAAAGCCCUUCAAAUGUGAUAUGUGUGAGAAGUGUUUUAGUCAGAAAACGUAUUUAAAUAAGCAUCAGAUAAUUCAUACAGGUAAAAAGCCCUACAUUUGUACGCAGUGUGGGAAGUGUUUUUUCAGGAAAGGUGAUUUAAACAGCCAUCACAGAAUCCAUACUGGUGAAAAGCCCUUCAAGUGUACUCAGUGUGGGAAGUGUUACUUCAAGAAAACCCUUUUAACCAGACAUCAGAGAAUUCAUACUGGUGAAAAACCUUACAAAUGUGAUCAGUGUGGCAAGUGCUUUCCAGCUAAAUCUAAUUUAAGCCAACAUCAGAGAAUUCAUACUGGUGAAAAGCCCUACACAUGUACUCAGUGUGGGAAGUGUUUUUCAGAUAAAUCAGGUUUCAGAAAACAUCAGAGAAUUCAUACUGGUGAAAUGCCCUACAAAUGUACGCAGUGUGGGAAGUGUUUUUCAGGUAAAUCUAAUUUCAGCCUCCAUCAGAGAAUUCAUACAGGUGAAAAACCCUACAAAUGUAUGCAGUGUGGGAAGUGUUUUUCAAGUAAAUCUAAUUUCAGCCUCCAUCAGAGAAUUCAUACAGGUGAAAAACCCUACAAAUGUACGCAGUGUGGGAAGUGUUUUUCAGAUAAAUCUUAUUUAAGCCAACAUCAGAGAAUUCAUACUGGUGAAAAGCCCUACACAUGUACUCAGUGUGGGAAGUGUUUUUCAGAUAAAUCAGGUUUCAGAAUCCAUCAGAGAAUUCAUACUGGUGAAAAGCCUUACAAAUGUGAUCAGUGUGGGAAGUGUUUUUUAAGGAAAGGUGAUUUAAACAUCCAUCAGAGAAUUCAUACAGGUGAAAAGCCCAACAAAUGUGAUCAGUGUGGGAAGUGUUUUUUAUGGAAAUAUUCUUUAAACAUACAUCAGAGAAUUCAUACAGGUCAAAAGCCUGUUAGUACCCAGCUUCAGCUUAUCGGGGAGUGAGAGUAUUUAACCACUCUGAUCUCCUCUCCCUGACGCCGGAGGCAAAAUCCUCUCGUAUAACUAACCUGGCAACUAACACUGCAAAUUGAGGGAAAAAAUUCAGCAAAUUCUUCAGGAAACACGCACGUGCAGCGAACUGUGAGUAUACGAGUAUAAGUGUGGUGUAAUGUUGUAAACUGUGUGAAAAGUGUUAUGUUAUAAGAGGUGUCAGAGACUUGGAAGGAAAGAACCCCAAGAAGGGGAUCCUGCAAGAUAUCUGUCGGUAGUUACCUCAAGGUGUGAUGUAAGAGAAAAAUUGCUGAUAAGAGAAAAUACUGUUACGCUGUGCGGAUGCUUCGAAUGCUUGUGCUUGUAAAUCUUAAUACUUAAAACUGUUUCUUAUGUGACAUUAUAAACUCACUUACCACUUUCUUUGGUAUUUUUUUAGGCGUAUUAAGUCUUCUGCUGCUGUAGCCUAUUGUGGGGAGAACGACAAAUUUGUGUAUUGGACCACUUCACAUGUAUAUGAUAAUGACCGCUAUCAGUUUCAAUGUUCGAACAGCGACUUCAGGUUGACCACAUACCACUGAGUGUAACCGACAUGAGAGCGCUAUGAAAGGAUUUCCCAAGUCUUGAUGUACAUGACGAUAACCUACAAUUCUGGGCCCUGCCUGUUGACCUAUGUGCUCACCUACAUGUAGUGCUUGUAUUUCCACAGUCACACUAUAAGUAGAGAUGCCUGUAUCUGGUAAGAGGCCUUGGACAAGAUCAUUUUAGGAUUCUUUCUUUCCGUCUUUCUUGCUCCUUCAUUAUCCAGCAGCACAGGGCUUUCUCUUAUGAGCCAUGUGCUUGGAGAAUAUCUUGUUCGCCCAUAAGGGGACGUGGGGGAAUUUUUCCUGAAUUGUUCCUAAAACAAUUCUCGCCCCCACCUUGAACAAUGACUAAAGGGUUUAACUAAAAUUGACCUCACCAUGGAAUUCAUGUUGUGUGAAAAAGGAGUGACUCUGGGGAGACAGACAGAUUUGUGAAUUGGACCACUUCACAUAUGAUAAUGACCGCUAUCAGUUUCAAGGUUCCCCCUCUGGGGAUUUUCCACUGGGCUCCAGGGGGGAGCGGGGCGAGGCCCCAGGACCAUUAGGGAUUUGAAUGGCCCAAUCCAAAGUUCUCGGGAUAGGCGCAAUUCUUUACCAGCAAUCAGAGGUCACACUUGAUUUGUAGACAUAUUUGAAUGUAUGCAAAUAUAACUCCCCAAACAUCAUUGUUCUGCAGAACAUUUUCCUGACUGUGUAAUAAACUUUCCUGCUUUUUACUGUGAA